AUGAUUGACAUUGUUGAAAAAAUAUUUAGAGAUUGUACUACCAUGUUCACAAAUUACUUUAAAGAUGCUAAAAUUGGAAUAAAAAGAAAAGACCAAUGUAGUGGAGUUAAUUAUUAUAUUUAUUUGAAAGAGAAGAAGAAGAUUGUGAAUUUUUAA